GGCAGCGUCCAUAUGCUAACGUCUUGGUGACUAUGGUUUGAAUCAUUACAGCGACAGGUCGGGAAAAUCAGCACCAAGCUUGUGCUCAAAGCUGUUCCAACCUGUUCCCUUAUUUAUACCAGCCACUACGCUGUGCAUGUCCGCUAAGAUGAUGGCAAGGCGUUUUUCGCCCGGCCAGUGCUUAACAUCUUGCGCAGGGAGUUGCCUUCCUUGAGAUUGCCCAAUAUAAUCUUAACUUAUCAGCAGCGCAGCAACCGCGUGGGUUACAGCCGUAUGCAUUGCAGCCUGAAGGGAAGCACGUAGAGCUGUCGGAUGGAUAAGGGCCGAGUAAGCCGGACCUUCCAAAGGGACGCGAGCGGCCUAUCUCGCAUCCUUAAGAAGGAUGUUGGAGAUACCGGUGCUAAACAACGUCGCGGUGAUGCAAAGCCACCUUGGCGGCCUGCUGGUCGCGUUGAAAAGGUCGACGACGCAGACGAGAAUGGAACAUUAAGUCCUAUUGGCAGUCCUCGGAGUGCAGCAGCGCAUUACUUCGCACAUAUACCUCAGUGGCCCUCUGUGCCCCUUGAGCAGCCCACGGUUUCUGGCGCAAGCUCGUCUGGGAACCGUCCGAACCUGCCUGCAUCCAGCAGCCAGGCACGUGACAGGGCUGCCUCCCCGCAGCACCUUCUCUACGCCCCCAGCGUGCACAGUAGCUUUGUUAGCAGCGUUGCAGCAGCUCUAGAUGCCAAGGCUGCCGCUAACGCCUUGCCGACUGCUCCCGCCAUUAGGCGGCUCAGUUCUGGUGCAGCUGUCGGAGCAGGGCCAGCCAAAGGUCGGCCGCAUGCAGCCACACGACAGUCGACACUGUUCACCGCUGACGGGAACCGGGUCAGCGCACACACAGAGGGGCUGUACGUGCGGCCCAGAGCAGCUGAGGCAUGUAUGGUUGAUUCGCGUGAGCAGUCACUCCAGCAGCAGCAGCCUAUUGGAGUCGGUCGGUAUGGCGACGGACCGCGACCACCGGCAAGCAACCCUGCCAUGCCCUACGAAGCACAGCUGCAGCGACUAGGCACAGCAGCGGCACAACCCACAUGGUACGGCUCAGCUACCCCCAACGCUCACGCAGCCAUUACUCCCAACGCCCAUGCUUACGAGGCUCCACCCAUUGCCCCGGAGGAGGCCGCCGCGAAGCCUCGCAACGUCCCCAGCCUGCGACAGGACCUCCGGAGGCUUGCCGAGCAGCGAAACGAAGAGCCUUGUGAGAUGGCCUUUCCCACGGCGCGCAGCAUCCCUCAGGUGUGGCAUGAGAACACCUCUGGCCAGCAGCCGCUGGGUCGGAGCCAGCAGCCAAACCUUACGUUUCAGGUGCAUGCAGCUGCUGCCGCCCCUCCCCCCGGUCCAAUCGGAGGAGCGCUGAGACCCUUCCAGGAGCCGGCUAUCAACGGCGUUAUUGGCGUCAGCGGAGUUGGUGCACGGGCUGCAGGACUAGCAGGUAGUAAGAGCAUUCUGGCCGGCGUCAACAAGGCGGCCCCAGGCGGGCCAUCUGCGCCAGGCGUAGACGCAGCUGCUGCAGCACAGCGCGGCCCUGGAUCCGCGCGAGGAGGGGGCAGCAACCCACGCAUGCCACAGCAAACGCAGCGUGCUUCCGCAGAAACGCCAGUUCCGGCAUCUGCUUCUCGGCCGUCCUCAGUCCCGGCACGCAAUGCAGGUGGCCGGGAGCCUUCCAACACGCGGCAGCGUGCUAGGCCAGCGGCCAACGCUGCUGCCGUUGCAGCCGCAACCGCCGGUGGUAGCUACGCCGCAGCAAACCGCGGCCGUGUCGCCGCCACCGCUGGCGGCGGAGGCGGAGGCUAUGCUCAACGCUACCAGUCAAGGAAAAGCACGCCUGCGGAGGAACAUACCGCGACAGACAUUCCUGCGGAGAGCCCUGUCGAGAUCUCCGACUUGCUGCAGCAGAGGGCGCAGGAGCAGCAGCAUGGGCACGGGCACGGGCAUGGGCAUCAGCACUUCGACUCCAACACCGCCGCCACUGAUGUGCCGCUGUCGUUGUUCGCACGGUUACCGAGCGCAGCUGCGGAGCACCUGGUGGUGACGCCCUUCAUGGCUCCUAGUGAAGGACGUCGAGAGCAACACCAACAACAACAACAGCAGCCACAGUCGCAGCUGCAACCUCAGCAUUCCGGGCAGCGGUUAGAUCAGGCGGACUCGGGACGUGCAUUCGGAGCGAGCCAAUGGCGGUACAACGACUCCCCGAUGUCGGUUCUCACGGAUGUUCAGGCACUGCAAUCGGGCGGCGGCGUUGAUUUCGGGGCGGCUGGACCCAGCGCUCCAGGCUCGCCUGGCGCUGCACGGUCGCUGUCACGUCAGGCCUCUACUGCGAGUGCCGUGGCGCUCCUGCCGCCACCCACCUACCAGGCGCCGCGUGCUUCGCCGUACAAUGCUGGUGGAGCGGCUGCAUGGUCGCCCUUUGCUCCAGGCCGUGCCGACAACCCAGCCAACAUGCAGCGGUCCAACUUUGCACACCUCGCGGAGUCACCGUCUUCCACAAACGGCCCACUCAGCGACCACCGAUACAUUCGGCGAUCGUACAACGCCCCCGCCUAUUCUCCGCCCUCCAAGCUAUCCUCAGUCGGCCCUCUUCUGGCGGCUGGCAACGACAGCGAAGGCAGCAUGCCUGGCGGCUCGGUCCACAGCAGCGGCAAAGCCAACUGGACAGCCACAUCCAGUGCUCCGGGCGCUUCAGGGUCCGCACAGCGCCGGUCCCGUAACACACCGGAUCGCCUCCACCGCAGCCCGCCCGGCAGCCGCUGCAAGAACGACGACGAGGGGGACAGCGCCGGCCGCCAUGCACCGCACGCUACCGGUGAUCAAGCGGCAACCACCAGCUGCGAGAGCGCCGCCGAGCCGGUGGUCCUACCUGAGGAGCCCGCAGACGUGGCGCCCGCCUCGCCCGGGGUUGUGCGGCCUUGUACCGUCUCCUCGGAACACGCGCCGGUUGCUGUAGUGCCUGACCGUCCGUCUUCCGACGGUUCCUCGGGUACGUCGAACGACAGCGACGAGGAACCUGCAUCCGAAUCGUCGACGUCUAGCUCCUCGCUGUACGUGGUACGCAGCAUUUUGGGCAAUGGUCGACGGCUGCCUGUCGCGGCGGCUUCUGAGAGGAGCCCCGGGCAGCUUCAGCCGCGGGUGUCACCUCCUCGUGAACCUGCCGCAGCAACUGCAGGUCCUGCUACGUCAGCCAGCCACGCUGUGGCCCCCAUUAAGGCGGACUCGAGCCAGGUGUUGGCGCAUGAGAUAACUCGCGCGGCCGCGGAAUUCGAGGAGUUGCAACGCGACCACGUGGAGGCUGUUCAGCAGCUACUGCUCCCCACGCCACCGGUGCAGCGGAGCCUCCCGAAGCAGCUCAGCGUGCCAUCGCGCCCAUCGGGCAGCGGAGCCUCCUCCCCUGCUUCCUCCGUGGGCAGCGUCCAUACACCCGCACGCCACCAGGAGCCCCCUGACGUCUGUCCGAGCGCCCCGGACGCGCUGUCUCCUGGAGGGCCAGGAAGCUGUUGCAGCGGUACAAAUCGGCCAGCACAGGCUCGGGUUCCCGCCCUGGUUUUGCCGCGGAAAGACCCGGAACAAGGCCUGUCUUUGCUGCCUUUGGCGGCGAUAUUGGACAGCGAUUCGUCUACGUUGAGGGAGGGUGACAGCACGGACUUGAUUGAUGCCAUGCUGGCGGCAACGGCUGAAGCGCAGGUGCAAUCUGGGUUGCAUGCGGACCGGCGGCAGAGUCUUGCGGCUGGAUCCGCCAGCAACGCCCAGGUCCGGGAUGCAGCUGCUGCGGCGGUGCUGGAGCACGGCAGUCGCUUUCCGGAGCCCUUCACGUCGAUGGGUGAUCACGCGUUCGACAUUCCCGGGUACGAGGCCGCCUUGCAGGAGAUUGCGGCGGCAGUUGGAUCGCCCGGCUCGCAUGGAACACGGUCAGGUGCAGGUCCAAGGCCGUUUGACUUGGAGCGAGAGUGGCUUGAGAGCCAGGCCGCUCACUCGCCAUUCGGUUACGCCGACGAUGCCGAGUACCAGAACUCCCAAAGCGGGGUGACGGGCGCUGACGAGGAGGACUUGGUGGCGGAGGUGGACAAUGCCGGCGACGCUGGUGGCUUCCCUGCUGUGGAGGGAGAGCCCUGGCUGGACCCAUGGUCGUUGCAGGACCGGCAAGGGGAGCCGUGCGGGGUAGACUGCGGCGGCGGAGAGGACGUGCAGCAGCAAGAAGAGGUGCUUGCGGAGCUGCUGCGGGAAUCCGCCGUAGGACCGCCUCCUGAGAGCCCUGAGGACGUCUCCGCAGUCUCUGAAAGCAACUCGCGCAGUGAUGAGGCUGCCGUACUGGCACAGGGGCCGGAUGCCGGCCCUCCGGUCCAACAACACGCCCUGCAUGCAGCCGCCAAUGAGCCGCAGGGCUCCGAGGCCCGGAGCUUUUCGCAAGGAGAUCACCCGCUUUGCUCGGGCGACUCGGUAGCCUCGGACCUCUCCGAGGGCCCGUCAGCCAUCAUCGCUUCUUCAGUUGCGUCUGGCACCGUUCUGUCACGCACUCAGGAGGCCGGGGUGUUGGAGCCGUUAGCAGUAGGCGGCCCGGAGUUGUUUAAUGCAUGGCAGGAGGAGGAUGGCGUGCAUUCGCAGGGCAUUGACUCCUUUGGUGCCGUCGCUCGCUCUGCGGGUCCUUCUGCAAACAGCGCCGCUGUAGCUGAGCACGUGGACGGCAUCUUUGGAAGCAGCAUGGGGCCUCUGCAGCAACCUGUUCGGGAGCGGGCGACGGAGCAGAAGCAGCAUACCGUGACGGCUGCCAUUGCGGACUUUGUACGCCCCAAUGCCGUACACAGUGGGCCGCCAUCGUCCUCAGGGUCGCAUGCAUCUUCGGACCACCAAGGGGAGAUUACAGCACGCUGCAGGGCCUUGGACGAGGUGCAGGACCGCAGUGGACAUGCUAGCGGCUGCAACCAGCCUUGCCCUGCCGCCGUGCCGGCGGCUGCGUGCCGCCUUGCCGGGGCUGCUGCCCACCAACGACCAGCCAUGCCGACCGUCAGGUCUCGCCUGCAGCUGGUGCCCCCGUCGCCUGAGGCUGCUGAGGCGUACAGAAAGCAGCUGGUCCACCACCAGCAAGCUGGCAGCACAUCUCUCGGCAGUCCCGGUGCGUGGCCCCAGAUGGCGGGCAGCACGCGGUGGCAGCAGUCGGAGAGCAGCCAAGACGUGUCGGAGAACGCCAUUGGGGGCGGCGUUGCCGCUGCCGGCUUCACGUCGGACGCGCAGGACUGCUGGGGGCAGCAGAGUGCCGCAGGCGACAGCGGCAAGGAAAGCGGCAGCCAGGGAACCGCGGUCGAGGCAGGGGCAUACGUCGACGGGUCAUGGAACACAGGCGCCGAGGAUGCCAUCCCCGAGGUCUCGUCUGAGGUUUGGGCCUCUGGCCUCGUCCAGCCCGUGCCUACUGCGCACGAGGAGCAAGGCGAGGGCCCCGGGUUAGGACAUGAGGGUGACUUUAGCAGUCCUAUCCACGAGCAUGCAGGGAACGGCAAUAAUAGUGGUUCCGAGGCUGCUUGUUGUGAGGGGAUGCCUGAGGGUGAGGUGCAUUCUCCGAGUGAGAUUGCGCCGGCCGAGCCCGUGGGGUCUCCUCAGCUGCCGCCACCCCUGGACUCCCCAACCGCGUCCGUCCGCAGCGGUCGUCGCAGCAGCAACGGUGACCUGUUCGGAAGCUCGCAUGGUGGGCAUCCGGCGCCGGAGGCGCCCCUCGCGGAUGCAGAGCCGUUGCAUGCCGCAACCUCGUUCGAGGAGGUGCAGGGGUCACCUCACCAUGCGGGCACCAGAAGCUACGGAGAUCAAGGGGACACGGGGGAGUUCAACAGCCCAGCGCAGCAGCGAAGCACUUCCUGGGUUGCCCUGCAGCCGCCAGCCUUCGACGCAGCAGCAACCCACGGCCAGCCGGCGGACCAGGCGUACAUAAGUGCUGCUGACUACUCUGUGGAAACCGUUGCCCCCAUCUCACCGUUCCCAGUCUUCGAGACGACUGCUGUGCCGGAGGUUGAGGGCUCAGCCGCCGCGCUGCCUAAUGGAGGCUUCAGCGACCACUUCCCGGAGGCUGAGUUCCUCGCUGCGAUUGAAGAGAAGCAGUAUGCGCCGUUCAGCAACACCCUGGAAGAAAAGUCCCCGGCUUCAUGCGCUGACCCGCCCAUGUCACCGCCACCGCAGCCAACCUCACCCCAGGUUACGCGGCCUUCUGGCGAGAGCGCGGUAGUGACAGCAGCAGCAGCAGCCUCGACCGGUCUUCCGUUGGACAGCCAGGAAUACGAGAAGUCCUUUCUCCUGCUGGACAGCAGCUGCAGCAGCAGCGAGGAAAACGGCGAGUGGCUCCUGCAGCACGCCAACAGGAUCGUGAGCAGUCCGCUUCCCGGAGUAAGCCAGAACGGUACGCCCACGGGUCCGAAGGGCUACUACCCGCGUUCGGAUGGUGCGCAUGGCAGCGGCGAUGUCGUCGAGGUGGCAGCGACGUCCUCUCCCGCCGGCGAUAACAACGACAGGAUGGACCCGAGCGCUGUCGCGUCCUCCGCGCCGGGCUUUGGCGAUGCCGGAAUCGGACUCGGAAGGGAGCCCGCGCUGCAUGCAGACGCCGUACACACACCGGGCUUCAUGCAGGCUGGUGACAGCAACGCGAGCCACAGCGGCGGCAGCAGCAUGGGCGCGCAUAAGCCGGUACAGCAGUCCCGGACCAUGCCUCCGGCGCCCUUCUCGCCGCCGGCGGACGAGGGCUGGAGGGCGGCGCGGCGGCAGAUCUCUCAGUCGACAGGCGGCGCGCUGCUUGAAGCGGCACGUAUGGAGUCCAACCAUGCGGCCUCACCCUCCCAAGCUGCUGACGCUGGGGUUGCGACGCGAGCAGUACGUGCGGGCAGCACCGCCGAGGAUGCGGGCAGCAACCAGCCUGCCGAGCCGGCACGUGUCUCGCUCUUCCCUCCCUUUGGACUGCCGGCUUCGGAGGCAGUGAACCACGCAAGUCCGAAACCCGCGCCGGCGCCAAGGGUGCCAGCGCUGCAGUUGCAAGGCCUGCUUGCCGGCCAUUCUUCCAGUCCUUUUGGUGCCGCCGCUAACGCAGCCGGGUCAGGAGCCCUGCCCACACAUGCGUCCUGGACUAGCGGCGUAUCUGGUUCCGUACAAGAGGAGCAGUACGGCGGCACCGCACGCCUGGCUACAGCCCACAGCGCGACGCUGCCGCCGGGGGUCCCGCUGUCGCCGCUGGCGUCCCCAGGAGGUCAUGACGGCUUCGGCUCCCAGAUGCUGCCGACUGGAGGUUGGCUAGGCAGGCCCAUGUCUGUGAGUGACGGAGGUGCUGUCGCGUCAACGUCGACAGCCAUGGCUCAGCAACAACAACAGCAGCAACAGACGCGGCAGGCGGCGCAGGUCCCGGCCGUGGUCCCGGACUGGCGGCGAUCCGGCAACUGGAAUGACCAGAUCCGAACGCUGCUGUGGGGUUCUCCGAUCAUGCGCACUAACUGGGUACCCCCAAGGCCGGCCGGAGCAACGACCCCAUCCUCAUCUCGCCCCGGCACUCCCCGCACCCUGGAGGCGGCUGUGGUAGGAGGCAGCAACAUGGACAGCAUGUCCCUCCCGCUCAACCCCACCGCCAGCACCCCCACAAAACACACCGAGCUCCCCAUCUUCCCAGCGGCUGCCCCUGCUCAGCCCAACAAGCCCAACAGCACCCCCGAGCUGGACAUCUUCAGCAGCGCCUUGUACCGAGCCUCCAUGGCUUCCUUCGGGCUUGGCGCUAACGCACCCCCCCUUCCCGAGCCGCACGUCCCGCCACCGCUGCAGCAGCAGCCAGGCUCAAGGCCUCCGCAGCAGCUUGCCAGCCAGGGCAGCGACGUUCAAAGCGGCCAUGGCUUGGUUUCCAUGCCCACGUCAGGAGUUACCGCUGGUAGCACACCCGGCUUGCUGCGAGAGGCGGCAGCGGCGGCGGCGGCCUUGGGGAGGCCACCUCUUUCACCGCGGCUGCCUGAGAUGCGCGCGGUGUCGCUUGGCUCCGCGAGGAUCAACACUGAGCCGUCCUCCUCCCUGUCGCUUGCGCCGUCGUACAGCCCUGCGGCGCCUAGCCCCUCCUUUGCCGUUUACGCUGGUGGGGAGGUACACAGAAUGCAGCUGCAGCAGCAGCCGUCGCUGUCCCGCUCAUUGUCGUACGGCGCCGUGAACUCCGCGCCUUCAAACAGCUCCAGCCCAGCCAAGAGCUCCCGGCAGAGUUUUGGGUUCCCUGUCGUACGGCAAGGCCCCAUGGAUUCACCUGCGGCUAUCGGCAUGAGGUCCAUAAGGCCCGCAGCUGCCGGCAACGGCGCUCCAACUCCCCUGCUGUACGACAGCAGUCCUACACGCCUCCAAGGCCUUGUCACACGGGAUGCGAACAACACCCCUGGGUUUGGGCAGCAGCCCGUUCAAGCUGUCGAUCCAACGGAUGCUCACCAGGGUGCAGCAGUCGGCGGCAGCAGCAACGCCGAGGUCGAGGGCACGUCCUCGCCGACCUCGGCCACCUCCGCGGGUGCUAGCAGCUGCAGCUUUGGUGACGACCUCGUCAUGGAGAGGGAGGGCGAGGAGGCCGGCCUUCCGGGUGCAGGGCACGGCGGCUGCAUGGGCCCGGGACCUCAGCAGGUGGUCUUCCCUCAGCUGCUUCCGGGCGCCUGGGGCGGAGCUGCAGGAGGAGGCGGUGGCGGCGCUGCUGCUGCUGUUGCUGCUCGCGAGGAGGACCGGAAGGAGAACGCGAUGGCAGCGGCGGUGUCUCUUAACUCAUUGCAACAACCCGUACAUGCAGCGUCUGCCAAGCUACAUGUGGCUUCUGCUGCUGAGGAAGGGGCGGCUGACGAGCAAUCGGCAUUGGAAACUCCAAACGCAAGGAAGGCGCCGGGUAGGGUGCCACCUGGCAAUGUGGGUUGGCAGCAGCCGGGUCAGCAGCGAGAGCAGCAGCAACAGCAGCCGCGGCCCGUGCAUCCCAGCAGUGGAGUUGACGGCAACCGCAUCCUCGGUGCAGCACUUCCAGGUGCACCCGCCGCCGCAGUCGCUGCCAACGCACGGUACGGCUGCGGGCAGCAGGCGGACACGGAGGAUGACGACAACGUGCUCCUCAUGUCAGCGCAGCAGCAGGACCGGCAGCAGCAGCAGUGGUGUGCACUGGAUCAGGAGGUGAUGGAGGGCAACGAGGCCGUGGUUGGUACCUCGGUCGUUGGUAAUACCAUUGACAUUAGCAUUCGCGCCGCCUCCAACGUUGCCGGCAGCGUGUGGGUUGGUGUGCAAGGUCAUACCGGCGACAACGGUGGUGGCUCGCGACAUGGCGCGACGACCAACGGCAGGAGCGUUAUCCAGGUUUGCUCCAGCCUGGAGGGUAUUCCCGCCACUCCCGGCUCCGGAACCUCCUCACAUCAGCGGCAGGUGGAGCGCCGCCUCAUCUUUGACACCCCGGAGCACCGGCGGCGCCGCAUGGCGGGGGGCUCCCGCUCCUGGCGGGACGGCGACAGCAGCGACCCCGAAUGCGCUUCCGACUACGAGCCCCGACCCCCGCUGGGGCAGCAGUCCCUGGACGUCCGUCUCUCCUUGCCGCGGCACGGCGGCAACGCAGUGGUCGAGGUGAGGGGCAUGGAGGGUGCGCUAUGGCAGGAGGACGCCGCUUGCGAUGCGGAGGAGGCGGCGGCGGCAGGGGCGCCUGGCACGCAUGCGCUGCCUUGGAUGGUGGGUUCGCAGGAGGGGCUGCAGCGAGGUGAGGAGGAGGCGGCCAUGGACUUGCUGCUGCCUGACACGGCUGACCUGGACGAGCUCAUCGCGGCGACGGAGGGCAUGGCGGCGGCAGGGCCGCUGAGGGAGGCCCUGGAUGCGGCGGCGGGGGAUACGGACGUGGAGUCCUCCUGCGGCUCCGCACCCGGGCCUGCCACCCGUGCAGCACGGAUGCGGGAUGUGCAGCAGCAGCAUGCAGCGGCGCCGCUUGGCACUGCCGCCGCGACGCGGCGGUUCUUGGACGGCUACUCGUUCCUGUCGCCGGUGGGUCCGGGUAGGCGGCUCCCCCACAACGCCGGCAUGGAGGGAUUGACGGUAACCGAGCCGGCAGCGGCGGGCUCAGCGGUCCCCGUCUGGGUCUCACGCGUGAAGCGAACGGGAGCUGCGGACACAGAGGUUGUUGUCCCCGCGGGUGCGGAGGUCAACGAGGCGGGCUUUGGCACGCCCCUGGCGGCCAGGCGGGACUCGGCCAGGGACGCGGCCGCCGCCAUGACACCUGUGCUGAUGCAUAGUGCGAGCCCUGACACCGCUCUCGAGCCGCGCCCACAUGGGCAGCACCACCAUCACCACCACACGCACUGGGCUUCCGCCAUGCAAGGCAUGGCGCAUGCAACAACAACACCUGGAGAUUGCGGCGGCGACCUUGCAAUGCAGCUGCCCCUGCAAGGCGAGGAUGACAUCGCGGCGGCGCUGUGUAGCAGCGGCGCCAGCAGCGACAGCCUCCGCCUGGUGCAGAGCAUUCUCAACGGAGGCGGCGGAGCCAGCAGCAUGCAGUACUCGACCGUUUCAAGCAUGCAGCUGAAUAAGCGCAAGCUCCUGGCUGACUUGGAGGCGGAGCUGCAGCGGCGCUCAUUCCAUGUCCUCCCCACCAGCAACUCCACCUCGCAAGGCUCCGCAUACAGUGGCGGCAGCAGCGGGGAGCAUUCGCGUGCCGUCACAGUCUCCGUCGCCACCUCCCCCAUGAAUGUGGGCGGCCGCUGGACCCCCACCAGCAAGCACGGGCCCCCGGAUGUGCCGCACAACACACGGAAGGCCCCCGCGCCGCCGCCACCUCCCCCGCCGCCAGGAGGUGCUCGGGGCGCCGCCCCGCCCCCGCCACCACCUCCGAUGCGGCCGCCGCCGCCUCCUAAAGGUUUCAAGCGUGUGACCCCCAACCGCGAGCAGCGGCAGCGGCUGAAGCAGCUGCACUGGGACAAGCUGGCGGAGGCGCGGCCCGGGUCCUUCUGGGAGCUCGUGCAGAAAUCCAACCCCAGCCUGGAUCCUGAGCGUACGGCACACCUCUGCGAGAAGCUAAACGAGCUGUUCGCUCUCGCGGACAACGUUGCCGUACUGCAGCGCAUGAGGGGCGGCGAGGGCGCAGGCCGCGGAGGCCCCGCUGCUGCUGCCGGGGCGGACCCAAGCAGGCCGCCCAUCGUACGGCUCCUGGACUACACCCGAGCACACAACACCAGCAUCCUGCUGUCCGGCGUCCACAUGGAGCCAGCGGAACUGUACGACGCCAUUUUGCGGCUGGACUCCUCCCGGCUGGAGACGGAGCAGCUGCGGGCGCUGCUGCGCUGGGCUCCCAAGUCGCACGAGCUGGAGGACCUGCAGACCUACCUCAAGGGUGCUCACCCGCGCUACCCGGGCCUCUCCGACCCCGCCCUGCUAGCCUCUGUGGAGCGCUACUUCCUCGAGAUGGGUCGGGUGCCCUGGCUGGAGCAGCGGCUGAGUGCGAUGGCGCUGAUGAAGGAUUUCGACGCGGCGGAGGAACAGGUCCGAGAGUUGAUUGGCAUCGUGGAUCGAGCGGUACGCGGUGUGAGGGAGAGCCCGGAGCUGCGGACCCUCCUCGGCCGCAUCCUGUAUGUUGGCAACAAGCUGAACGAGGGGACCGUGCGGGCGGGAGCUGCAGGCUUCAAGCUGGACGUUUUGCUGACAUUAACGGGGAUCAGGGCCGCCGACCGCACCACCUCGUUGCUCCAGUGGGUGGUUUCGGAGCUGCUCCCGGAAGAGCCGCGCCUGUCAUCACUGCCAGCGCAGCUCGGGGCGCAGGUCAAGACUGCGGCAAACGUGCAGCUGGGGAGUCUGGCAGGGCUGAUCGACGAGCUGCGCAGCGGAGUGGAGCUCAUGGCGGGGCAGGUGGAGGUGUUGGAGGGGCUGGUGCCGCAGCAGGGGCAAGGGCAGCAGCAGGAGGAGAAGGCGGACGACGAGGCGAUGCAGCGGCAGCAGCUGGCGAACGCGCUGUUCCUGGAGCGCUGUCGCUCCUUCCUGACGCAGGCCCGGCCGCGGUGCGCUGCGCUGGUGUCGCUGCGGGCGGGGUGCAUGCGCAGCCUGCAGGAGCUGGCCAGCUUCUUCCAGGACGAGUUCGUACCCAAGGAGCCCACCAAGCAGCUGCAGCAGCUGCGCGGCUUCUUCGCAGAGUUGGACAAGGCGCUGGCGGCGCUGCAGGCGGAGAGGGCCAGGCAGGCCAAGGAGGCAGCGGCGGCGCGGGCCCUGGCCAGCUGGCGGAGGAACGCCGCAGGGGCCGCCGCGGGUCAUGGCAACGGCAACAACAGCAAUGCCGCUUCGGGGACAAACGCGGCCGCCGUACAUGAGGCGUCUGGUGUUUCUUUCGGUCCCGGGCCAUGAUGAGACGUAGGCGGAGAGUGUGGUUCCGGGUUGUGGUCCCGGGUUGUGAUGACGGCAUGCUUUGCGGGGAGCAGGAGUGGUGGUGCGGGUGUAGGGAGCCGUUCGGAAGGGAGUGGGCUAGCUAGCAAGGGGUAAGGACAGCCGUCUUGGUGGUUUGUGGGACUAGCGCCCUGUGCGCGGAGGAAGGCAGGGCUGCACGUUCAUUUUGCUGUGGGGUUAGGCUAGUAGGGUUAGGCACAUGUACUGAGGGGAUGUUUAGGGUCACAUUCGACGCGUCCGCAUUCGGACCAAUGCGCUGCGGAUGCCCUUCCCCGCCUGUAUGGUGGGGUGUACCUGCUCCUCUUCCAUGGAGGCAAUGGUGGGGCUCGUCUUGAAGGGGCUAUAGGACAAUGUAGGUGGCCCGGUGUCUCGUAGCCUGAGGGAACAAGGUGCUAGGUGCAGGAGUGUGGUGAACAUGUUGACAGGCGGUGCUCGUAGUAUGCCCUGUUGCGUCGCUUUCGUGACAGGGCAGGGAAACAUGGACAGGGGCCAUUCGCCAUCCCCCUUUCGUAGCCUUUUGUAGGGGUGGCGGUAGAAAUGGCUCUGAACGUUUUCAGAGCUGUCAAGUCUGCA